AUGGCCAAGUUCCUGCCAAUCUCCAGCAAGAAACUUGAAGACAUUCAGAAAAGAACCGACGAAGAUGAAUCACUACAGAUGCUCAAGCAGACAAUAAUUCAAGGAUGGCCAAAAGAGAGAAAGUGUCUACCAAUACAGAUUACACCAUAUUUCAGUAUGCGGGAUGAUGUAACAGUACAAGAUGGACUGAUAUUUAGAGGGCAAAGAAUUGUCAUACCCCUGAGAUUGAGAAGAGAGAUGAACAAGAAAAUACACUCGUCGCACUUGGGCACAGAGUCAUGUCUUCGUCGAGCCAGGGAAUGUCUAUACUGGCCAGGAAUGUCGGCGAAAUUAAAUAAAUGGUGGCUUCAUGCGAGACAUGCAGAACAUAUAGACAACCCCACAGAAAGAAAGCCUGAUGCUUCAUGA